CGAAAGAGUAUUUCUUUAAUUCUGAAUACUUUUAUAAACGCAUUUGUAAAUUGCACUGACAAACGAGCGAAAAAUGUUUAAGAAAUCAUUUAAAGAAUACCUGUUGUAAGAAUUGUUCUAAAGACAACAUUCGUAACUUUUUUUGUCCUCUUCUAAAAAGCAAAAAUUUUAAAUUGAAAAAAUAAUAAUUAAAAAUAUGGAGAGUAGCUUAAUUAUUCAUGCAAGUACAGAACAGUGUAUGCUGACAUGAAAUGGAAGAAUCUCUAAUAACUAUGUGCUAAAAUACAUUUAUACAGAAAUUUAAAAUAAAGAUUGUCUUGCAUGUAAGUAAGGAAAUUGAAAUGCAUUGAAAAGUAAUAAUAAAUAUUUGUUCUGUUAGGUAUAGUAGAAAAAUAUUUAUACAGCACUUUUUAAAGUGAGUUCGUGCUAAAAUUUAACUGAAGACAGAAGUGCAUCUUCUUUUUAAUAUGUCAUUUAUGACUUUAUCUGAUUGUAAAUAAUAUUAAAUUAUUAAUGAGACUGGUCUUUAGAACAAUUUUUAGUUAAAAAAUUGGAAAUGUUUAGUUGAAGGAAUUUAUCCUAGAUUAAAGUGGGACUAGUGUAUAUUAUAAUGAAAUUAUACGUGACUAUAAGAUUUGCUUGUAUUUCUUUUCAAAAUGAGUGUGUUUACAGCAGAUGAAUGGAAUGAAAUUGAUGUACCAAAGAAGUUUACUAAGGGGACUCGCACAGCUGUAAAACCUCAUAAAUGUGAUAUAUGUGGCAAAUCCUUUAUUUGCAGGACUGCUUUUAACAGGCAUAUGCAUAAUCACAGAGGUGAAAAACCACAUGCAUGUCAUAUAUGUGGCAAGACAUUUGCAUUUAAAUAUGACUUAAAGAAUCAUAUACUUAUUCACAUAGAUGAGAAACUGCAUACCUGUGAUGUAUGCAACAAAUCAUUUAGAAGAAUGAGUAAAUUAAAGGAGCAUCAUGUUAUUCAUACUGGUGAAAAGCCAUAUACAUGUGAGGUUUGUAACAAGGCAUUUGCUCGCAAACAUGAUGUAAAGCAUCAUAUGUUAACACAUACAGGUGAGAAACCACAUAAAUGUCAAAUAUGUUGCAAGUCAUUUACACAUGUAGGUUACCUAAAUAAACACAUGCGUAUUCACACUGGUGAGAAACCGUAUCAGUGUGAAACAUGUUACAAGUCAUUUGCACGAAAAAACCAGUUGGACAGACAUAGUUCAGUACACACUGGUCAGAAACCACAUAAAUGCAAUAUCUGUGACAAAUCAUUUGCAGACAAAUGUGACUUGGACAAACAUUUAUUUAUACAUAAUAUUGAGAAAGCACAUGUAUGUGAUGUGUAUUGCAAACCAUUUGCAUUUCAAAGUUUCUUAACACAAACAGAUACCAAUAUAGGUGAUAAAUCAAGUAUGUGUAAUGUAUGUGACAAACAGUAUCAAUGCCAAAUUGCCUUAAAUUAUCAUAUGCUUGUCCAUGCUGCUGAAAAGCCAUAUGAAUGUGAUGUAUGUUGCAAGUCUUUUUCACGGAGAGCUAACUUAAACAUACAUAAAUAUAUUCAUACUGGAAAGAGGCCACACAAUUGCAGUCAGUGUAGCAAGUCAUUUCUGCAUAAGGGUGAUUUGACGAAACAUAUGCGUGUUCACUCAGGUGAAAAACCAUAUGAAUGUACUGUGUGUUGCAAGACAUUUGCAUUUCAGAAUGGUUUGAAUAAACAUAUGGUUACUCACACAGGUGUAAAACCACAUGAAUGUAGUAUCUGUAACAAGUCAUUUAGAGAGAAAAGUACUUUAAAGAAACACAUGCAUACUCAUGCUCGAAAACAAAGCGAAUGACAUGCACACCAUGAAUAAUUUUUAUGCAAUUGUGUUGGAAAGUAAUGAAUAUUGUAAUAUUUUUAAGGAAAUCAGAUGCAUGCUGAAAGAAUUUAAAAAAUAUUAAUGGUACAGUUCUGUAUUUUUAUUGUUCCACUUCUGCCUUCUUGUCAUGUACCAAUAUGUAUGUACAGCUGUAAAGUUUUGUUCCUAUACAAGGUGUGAAUUCCAAUUAAUAUGUAGGGAUAAAAAAAUGAUAAUAUUUAGUAUGCUGUGCAUAUAAUUUAAUAAGUGUAAUAUAGAAAAUAUUUGGAACUACUCUUAUAUGCACCCUCAAGUCGCCAAAUUUCUCACCAAACAUUUUUG